AUGAGCUUCCAGGACCUGGAGGCCGGGAACGGCGUCCGCGGGACGCCGCGGAGGAACGGCCGGGCGGCGGGGGCCGGCGCCGGCUCGUCGCAGGCCGUCGCGUCGGGCGUCUUCCAGAUCAACACGGCGGUCGCCACCUUCCAGCGCCUCGUCAACACGCUCGGCACGCCCAAGGACACGCCCGACCUCCGCGACAGGAUACAUAAGACACGAGCACACAUAACACAACUGGUGAAGGAUACAUCGGAAAAGCUUAAGCAAGCUAGUGAGGCGGAUCAUCGUCUUGAAGCCACCCCUACCAAAAAGAUUGCUGAUGCUAAGCUAGCAAAGGAUUUCCAAGCAGUCCUAAAAGAGUUUCAGAAAGCUCAACGAUUAGCAGUAGAGAGAGAAGCUGCAUAUGCUCCUUUUAUUACUCAAACAGGUCUACCACAGAGCUAUAACUCAACCGAGAUGAAUAACGGUGCUGAUAAGUUGGCUGAGCAGCGCACUCAGCUUCUAGAAUCAAGAAGACAAGAGUUAGUCUUCUUGGAUAAUGAGAUUGUGUUCAACGAGGCCAUCAUCGAGGAAAGGGACCAGGGAAUACAGGAGAUUCAACACCAAAUCACUGAAGUAAAUGAGAUCUUCAAAGAUCUUGCUGUGCUAGUUCAUGAUCAAGGAGCAAUGAUUGAUGACAUUGACACUCAUAUCGACAAUUCUGUUGCUGCGACUGCACAAGCAAAAGGCCAGCUUUCAAAAGCUGCUAAAACCCAGAAGUCGAACUCUUCUCUGAUAUGCCUGUUGAUGGUUAUUUUUGGGGUGGUGCUGCUCAUAGUGAUAAUAGUCCUUGCAGCCUAG